AUGGCAACCAUACCACAAUUUAUAUCUCAAAAACUACCUUCCAUCGAUUUUAAUAAUAUCCCUCUUUUAAAAGAUAGUCGCUUGAGAUCUGGCCAAUGCUCUAGUAAUAAAAGUCUUGUUCCAGGCGAACCAGAAGGUCCUUGUGUGAAAACUGAGAUCCCAGGACCGCGUUCAAAAGAACUUAUAAAGCAACUAGAACAUUUUCAAAUGGUAGGUACAAUUCAAUAUUUAGUAAACUACGAGAAAUCGAUAGGAAAUUACAUCAUAGAUGCUGACGACAAUAUCUUAUUGGAUACGUACACGAAUAUAUCGACUAUACCCGUCGGGUAUAAUCACCCAAAGCUGCUUGAUUUAUUUAAGGAUGAAUGCAAUUUGAAAUCUAUGGUGAAUCGUCCAGCACUAGGUGUUUAUCCUGGAUUAGAUUGGCCUGGUAGACUGGAAAAUGUUUUAAAAGGUAUAUCUCCCAAUCUCCCUAAUAUUCAAACGAUGAUGUGUGGAGCUUGUUCAAAUGAAAACGCUUGCAAAUCUGCAUUCAUAGGUUAUAAGAUGAGGGAGAGAUGCGGUCAAGAUUUUACAGAAGAAGAAAAAAAAUCUUGUAUAAAUAAUCAGCCACCGGGAUCGCCGUAUCUUUCCAUAUUAUCAUUUGCGGGAGGUUUCCAUGGAAGAUCAUUAGGAACUCUAGCAUUAACCCACUCAAAACCUAUUCAAAAACUAGAUUUCCCUUCUUUCGGGUAUUGGCCUAUUGCAACCUACCCAAAAUACAAAUACCCUUUGGAGGAAAAUUGUCGUGAAAACGAAGAGACAGAUAAAAAAUGUUUGCAACAGAUCGAAGAGUUAUUUGAAAAACAGAAAAGCUGUGCACCUAUUGCCGGAGUUAUUAUUGAACCUAUUCAAUCGGAAGGUGGUGACAACCAUGCAUCUUCUCAAUUUUUUCAAAAACUACAAUCUAUUUGCAAAAAAAAUUCAGCUUACUUGAUAAUAGAUGAAGUACAAACAGGUGGGGGUCCUACUGGGAGAUUUUGGUGCCACGAAUAUUUUGAUUUACCGUGUCCACCUGACAUGGUGACUUUCAGUAAAAAGUUACAAACCGGAGGAUACUUUUACACCGACGAACUUAAACCGAAACACCCUAGCAGAAUUUUUAAUACGUGGAUGGGAGAUCCGGGAAAAAUAAUAUUGCUGGAAGCUAUAAUAGAUAUAAUUAGAUGUCAAAAUUUACUCGAUCAAGUGGAAAAAUCGGGUGAAAAGUUAAUUUGUGGAUUGAAAAAUCUCGAGAAAGAAUUUCCUGAUAUAAUACAUUCCGUUCGGGGUAAAGGUACUUUCGUCGCUUAUGAUGGAAAUAGUCCGAAAACAAGAGAUGCCAUAAUAAAAGAAUUAAAGAAAAAUGGAGUCCAAGCGGGUGGUUGUGGUGACAAAUCUAUUCGGUUGAGACCAGCUUUGGUAUUUCAAGAACAUCACGUCGAUAUUUAUUUAGAUAUACUUAGAAAAGUUCUUAAAAAAGUUGGUGGAUCAAAACAAAAAUGUUGA